CCUCGCUUAACCUCGAUUUUCCUAGCUUCGCUGCCGCCUCAAAGACCCUCCCCUGCCAUCCAUCAACCAACGAAACCGCCCUCCGCGACGAGUAUCAUGAUAGCGGCAUAGCCCGAUUCCGCGGCUCCAGCAUGCCACUGCCGGAGCUCCCUGCCUACAAGGUCCUCUUAACCAUCUUCGUCCUCUGGUGGCUGCUACCGAGCAACGACUACCAAACUCAGUCGGUUGCGCUGUCGGACCUCGUUGUCUCGCGGCUCUCGCACUACCGCGCAUGUCUCGAUGUGCUGAACACGACUCGCUGGGGGGACUUUGCGCCUUUGGGGGCGGCUGGUAACGACAGCAAGGGCAACGAUAAUGGCGACCAUGCGAGCCCCAGAUAUGUCAACUUGACGGGUUUUCGAGAGGAGGACAGGUUCUCAUGGCAGGAUCUGGGCCGGUUCCGUGAACGGGGUCUGCGGCUCAGUCACCAUGCCAUGCCGGCAGUUGGCGGCGAGCAGCUCUGGGAUGUGGGCGAAGGGGCGCCGGUCUGGGCAAACGCCUCCGGAGUUCUUCUUGGACAGUGGGUGCGUCUCCAGGAGUCGGAGCCGAGGACAUAUGACAGCUACAAUCUUAGCCAGAGCGUACCGUCUAUGCACUGGAUCGGGGACAAGACCGAAUGGGGUCGUAACGUGACCGGCGGCACAGGCAGGAUCCAAGUGCGGCUGACGGGGAACGAGACGGUGACGGCAUACGAUCAGCUCCCCAAGACGGAUGCACCCCUUUCUGGAGGCUCGAUCCGCAAUGUGAAGGCUGUGGUGACGUUUGAAGACACGGGAGGGACGGGGCUGAGCUGGGAGAUGGUUCUUUUUGGGGCUCAUUGGCCACGACAGGGCGUCGUUAUCAUGACGACGACGAGCGAGAAGUUCGACGGCAUCUUUGGGCUCCCGCAUCUGACGCCUGGGCCGGACUAUUUCCAGUCUAGCCAGCGGCUUCUGAACCAGUCUCUCGAGCAGACGAUAGCUGCUAAGGAGAAGAGCAUCUAUUCCGACCAGAGCAUACCAUGGAAGUCCAACUUUGACAAUCCCCUCCACACGCGGAGUCCCUCUCCGCAUUGCGAGUACGUCAUGUAUGUCCAGAUCCAUCCCCCCAGCAGACAGGACCUGGGUCUCGGGCCCACCGUUUCCAAGGGCGAGGACGUGGCGGAGAUGCUGCAAGCUAUCGAGUCGGAGCUGGAAUCGCCCCUCGGGGCACCCAUCAAGCAUAUCCCAAAGCUCCAAAUGUCAGCAGUGAUUUACUCACCAGACUGCAACAUCUUCUUGGAGACAAAGGGGCCCCCGGACUUUCCCGCGAGCGAGGCCGACCACCUCCUCGGUGUGAAGAUCGAGGUCCAAAUUAGCAGCAUCAACCAUUGGCUGCUGGCGUAUGCGGUGGUGAUGUUUGGCCAGGUUGUCUUGCUUAAGGGCCAGAUCAGAGAGACCUACACACCGUCUACCCUUGCCAGAGCCAGCUUCUGGACCAUUAGCAUGAUGCUCAUUGCCGACGGCAUGACGUUCACUGCGGCUGCGUCGUGGGUUGCCACGGCACAUUAUACCUUCCUGCCAACCCUAACCCUGACAUUUGCGUCUUUCAUGUCAAUGACCAUAGGGGGAAGCCUGCUUGCCAAGAUAUACGAAGUCCAGACACCAGCGCCUCGGGCUGGCCGAGAUGGGCCUCAGGCCGCAGAUGGCAGAAACAGCGGCUCAGCAAGUACAGCCACCUCGACACCGCUUACUCCUACUCCUGACGGCACUGGCACUGGCACCGCACCGGCCGCCGUAACAACAACAGGACCGAUACUCCCCGGACCGGUCACCGCAGGACGCGGCUUAGGCGACCCUGCCGUUGCCAACCUCGAUGCCGCCGCCAACAUCAUGGACGGCGCUUCAGCCGUGCCUGGUGUAGCCACGCCAGCUGCCGCAAGACUAGCCCCGCCGUCUACGCCGACAUUCCAAUCGCUUAUGGGCCGAUUUCUUCUCCUCGGCGCCCUCGUCAUGUUCAUCGGCGGCUCGUCCAUAGCAUGGUACAUGACCGUCCGUUCGUGGUUCCUCAACAUCUGCGCUUUCGUCUACCUGUCCAUGUGGAUCCCGCAGAUACAUCGCAACAUCAUGCGCAACUGCCGCCGGGCCCUCAAGUGGCAGUUUGUCAUUGGCCAGUCCGUCCUCCGCCUGCUCCCGCUGGCCUACUUCUGGCUCAAGCCGGACAAUUUCCUCCUGACGCGGACCGAGCCGCGGGCGUUUGCCAUGCUCGCGCUCUGGGUCUGGGUACAAAUCUUCGUGCUGGCUACUCAGGAUGCCGUUGGGCCGAGGUUUGGGAUUCCCAAGGGCUGGAUGCCUGACGCGUGGGAUUACCACCCGGUCCUGCGGGAAGACAAUAUCGAGGCUGGAGGACUGCCUAUCGGGCUCGGGGUGGAGGACAGCCCGGCUCGGGAUCGCAGGCGUAGCAGCGAGGACAAGGACAAGGUUGGUCUUGGAGGUGGCGGCAGCACGAGGGCUAUUGACUGCGCCAUCUGCCGCGAGGUGCUCGAGGUGCCGUUUGUGAAAGCCGGAGAGGAGGACAUGAGCGUGACGGGGGUGUUUGCCCGGAGGGCGUACAUGGUGACGCCGUGCCGGCACAUUUUCCACACGCCUUGCUUGGAGAGCUGGAUGAAGUUUCGGCUGCAGUGUCCAAUAUGCAGGGAAGACUUGCCUCCUAUUUGA